GAAAAAGCCUAAUUUUAUUGAUUUUUGAGGUGCGGGGGGGGGGCUAAACUGUUUAUUUAUUAUGUGUAUGAAUGGAUUGUGUUUCACCAGAAGAUAGUAAUUUAUUUUUCCCAAACUUUAUUUUAUUAUUAUUUUUUCGCUUGCUCGUCUUUCUGCUCAGCGUAUCUACUUACUUCCGAUCUAUUCAUCAUUUGACAAUAUGAUGCCAAAUAUGGAUAUAUAUGACAGUUUAUACUUAUAUGCCACUCCAGAGAAGUUUUUCGUGGAACCAGUCGGAACUAAGGUCCUGCUAGUAGUCGAUAGAGUGAGUCAGCAGAUUUAUACUCAAGUCGGCACUGCUAAUCAGAUUCCAACGACUGCCAGCCGUAGAAAAAUAUGGGGACUGGUAGGAACUAUACAUCUCUUGGCAUGUCGUUACCUUAUUGUUGUUACGGAUGCUCAGAUGUGUGGGACUAUAGCUGGGCAUAACAUCUUUAAAAUAUCUUCAACAGAUGUGAUACCCUAUACUAGGUCCUUUUUGCAUUUGACUGAGAAACAGGUCCAAAAUAAUUCUACAUACCUGGAGAUGGUAAAAUCUGUCUUAAAUACACCAUACUUUUACUUCAGUUAUACCUAUGACCUCAGUCAUACUAUGCAGAGGUUGCAUAACACAACACCUGAAUUCUUGCAAAUGCCACUUCAUGACAGAGCAGAUCCCAGGUUCGUAUGGAACGCUUAUCUUCUGCAGGACCUAAGCGCAAGACCAGAGCAAUACAAAUUUUGUUUACCUAUCAUCCAUGGCUUCAUUUCACUGAACACAGUGGUUGUAAAUGGCAUUGCAUUCAAUUGGGGUAUUGUCUCUAGACGUGGUAUACAUCGUGCUGGAACAAGAUUAUUUUCACGUGGUAUAGAUGCUACUGGGAAUGUAUCCAAUUAUGUAGAGACAGAGCAGCUAAUCGAGGUGAAUGGCAAUUGCAGUUCCUUCGUGCAAACGCGUGGAUCCAUUCCUUUGUUUUGGUAUCAAGCGCCAAACUUGAAGUACAAGCCAAAGCCGCAGAUUAGUCCACACGAGGAUCAUCAAAGCGCUUGUGCUCGUCACUUUGAUGUCCAAAUCUUUCAUUAUGGAAAGCAAAUUCUAGUGAAUUUGAUUGAUCAGCGUGGACCAGAAGCAUUGCUAGAAAACGCAUAUCGUAAUUUAGUGCAAAGAAUUAACAACCAAAAUAUUCGAUAUGAGGCUUUUGAUUUUCAUGCGGAAUGCAGAAGACUGAGAUGGGACAAAUUGAACACUUUAAUGGACCGAUUAGCACAUGAUCAAGAACAGAUGGGGUAUUUCUUAUUGAUGAGGGACGGAGCAUUGCUUUCGGCUCAGGAUGGUGUUUUCCGUACAAAUUGUGUCGACUGUUUAGACCGAACGAAUGUUGUACAAAGCAUGCUGGCGAAGCGAGUUCUUAACGAAGUAUUGAGCAGGCUAGAGAUACUUAGAAAGGUGGAAGAUCAUCCUGCAUUUGAAAAUCUUUUCAAACAGAUUUGGGCGGAUAACGCAGAUGUAAUAAGCAUCCAAUAUUCAGGUACAGGGGCAUUAAAAACUGACUUUACGCGAACUGGAAAGCGCACUAAAUUGGGUGCAAUGAAAGAUGGUUUAAAUUCUCUGACGAGAUAUUACAAGAACAAUUUCGCCGAUGGAUAUAGACAGGAUUCGUUGGAGCUCUUUCUAGGUCGUUACAUUGUCCAGGAUGGCGAAUGUACUUCCAUUCAAUGUCCCUUAGAAUCCGAACGAAAUUGGCGUUAUGCUACAUUCCCACUUGUUCUUUUAGUCGCGUCCUCAAUGUUGGUCGCUCACAUAAUCUUACCAUCGCGAUACACAACAGAAAUAUUACUCUAUAUGCUAUUUUGGGGCGCCAUGGUGGCCGGCACCUUCGCCACCAUUAUCCACCAUGGCAAGCAAUAUGUCGAUAAGCCAAAAUUACUUUAGAAUUAAUUAAUUUUAUAAAAUUUUAAAUUAUAUAUAUAG